UACGGGACACAUGGGGAGGACCCUGCUUUAUACCCCAGUGAUUGGGUCCACGCAGACUAUGCUCACGGGGAACUUGGUGUUCACUCGGGCUCUGAGACCAGAGAUGGGUGUGGUUUGUGUGGCUGGUCAGCAGACCCAGGGAAGAGGGAGGCACGACAAUGCCUGGCUGUCUCCCAAGGGUUGUAUGAUGUUCUCAUGUCCACUAGCACUGAGACCUCGGUCACACCUCCUCGCUCACCUCUCCCUCCUCCAGCACAUCGUGGCCCUCUCUGUCGUCACCGCCAUUCGUACUGCACCAGGAUACGAAGAGCUGCCGGUGUGUAUCAAGUGGCCCAACGAUAUCUACUACCAGAAUAGAGUGAAGCUUGGUGGAGUCUUGGUGUCUGUCUUCUCUGCCAGCGACCCAACCUCUCCCACCACUGCAGUCAUUGGUUGUGGUGUGAAUGUGAGCAACAAGUACCCGACCAUGUCUGUCAAUGACUGCAUACAGCUACACAACAACACCACACACAGCAGCAGCAGUACCAGUAGCAGUAGUAGAGGUGGUGGUAUAAUUCUUCCACCGUUCACCGUGGAGGCUCUGCUAGCUCUGUCCCUCAACCGUCUGGAGAGGUACCUCAGUCUCUACGAGCACUCUGGGAUGUCCGCCAUUGAGACAGACUACUACCACUACUGGCUACACAAGGAUGCAGUGGUACAACUGGGCAGUCACGCCAAUGAGGAGGUGACAGUGAGAGGUAUUGACCAGUUUGGCUACCUAAGAGUGGUCACACAGACUGGGGAGGAACUGAACCUCAGACCUGACGGAAACAGCUUCGACAUCAUGAACAACCUCAUUGUCAUGAAGUAACUCAUCUCCUCUGUGUUGCAUGUGACUUAACACUGUGUAUGUUCGAAAUGAAUUAGGUGUUUUCAAUUUCCGUGUUAUGCCGAGUUUUGUAAACAUUUUGGUUUUUACUUGCUUAGUUUCAGUUCACGCCACUUUAAGUACAGCGGAACCUCCGAAUAAUGGGACAAGGUACUUUUGUCCUUUAUAUAUAGGGAAGUUGUCCUCUUUGGAAUAGAACUUCGAAGUGUGUCCUUUAUUGAUAGGUUUAUUUUUCUUUUAUUUGGAGUGUCCUUUAUCAUAGCCGCUACUGUAUAACAACAGACGCAUUUGUAGCACGCAUAAAAAAUAAUGAUGAUUA